AUGGCUUCUACCACCACGGCCAUUGUGCCCCCUAAGCGGGCCAAUACCGAUUACCCGCUUAUCGACUCCGACCCGCAUCUGCGACGUGUUUUCGGAUAUGCCCGGCCCUCUGAUUAUGCCGUGGCCGGUGGAAUGGCCACAGUCUCUCCCAUUGCUUUCUGGGUUAUGGAACGAGUGAGCCCGUCGCAUGUGGGCCGUGGUGGCUUUGCCCCCGUCAUGCGCCUUGCAAGUGCCGUUGGCAUCCUCGGUGGUCUUCAUGUGCUCUACCAGAGAUCUUGCAAACGAUUCUAUGGUUUCACCGAGAACUCCCGGGAGGUGGAGAAGGACAUGCGCGAGAUGGUCGAUAAAGUGAAGAAGGGCGAGCCACUGUACGGUGUCUCGAAGGUGUCCGAUUACAUUCAGGGUGUUGCUGCCCGUAACUCGCGAUACUCCGAGCUCUUCAUCCAUGUCCUCCCUUGGAUCAACAUUGUCAACCACGAUCAGCACGGUGUUGACACUGCCAAGUACUACCAACAAGCGGAGCGGGAAUUGGAACUUGAGCGAACCGCCUAG